AAUACCCCCCAUCACCCUUCACUCUUCUUCACCACCACUUCACUCCUCUACUACUUUCCACUUUGCAUUAUCUUCUUCACCUUCAUCAACUUCCUCUGCUUUCUCUUUCCCCCUUUUUUUUUUCUUUUUCUAUUGAUCUAUUUUCUCCCAAAAACAAAAACAAAAAAAUGGCCAUUAAAAGAUCCAACAGAUUGCCUCAGACCGCCGUUCUCAAGCAAAUCCUCAAGAGAUGUUCAAGCUUGGGGAAGAAAAAUGGCUACGAUGAAGAUGGCCUUCCAUUAGAUGUACCAAAAGGCCAUUUUGCCGUUUAUGUGGGUGAAAACAGAACAAGGUACAUUGUUCCAAUCUCAUUCCUAACUCACCCUGAGUUCCAAUGCCUGCUUCGUCGAGCUGAAGAAGAAUUUGGUUUCGAUCACGAUAUGGGUCUUACGAUUCCUUGUGAAGAAGUAGUUUUCCGCUCUUUAACAUCAAUGCUCAGAUGAAAGAAAAAGGUCGAACAGCUUUAAGAGUGGUGUUUGCUUGGAGAGAAAAUAAAAAAAAGACGGCUUAAGAUGAAGCAGCAGCCCAACAACCCUUUCUCUGCUUCUCUUUUUUUUACCAUCUUUUUUCUUUUUCCCCAUUUGUCAUUCUUGAUGGUGAUCUUUGUUUCUCUAUUUUAUUUUUUUUAUUUUUUUUUUAGGGUGGUUGUGCUUUGAACCCCUUUUUGAUGGGGUUUUUUAUGACUCUAACUUGAAAUGUUUGAAACCCAAUUGGAAAAAUCUUAUUGGGUUUUUGGCAUUUGUAUAAAGUUUGAAAAUUUUCCUCACAGAGGUUGGGGAUCUAAUAUUAAAACCCUGUGAGAGAAAUAUUUUAAUGGUAAGGAAGCAAGAAUUAUUUGCAUGUUUAGCAAA